AUGUCUCUUGCUGAUGAACUUUUAGCAGAUUUGGAAGAGGCUGCGGAGGAGGGUGACGUUGAUUUCAGAGACAACGAAGAUGGCAUCGAAGAAGCAAUGGAAAUUUCAGGCUCGAUAGACACAGAUUCAAAGUCUGUUAAAAGUGUUGCGAAACUAAAAGACAGUAAACAGCUCAAUGACGUUCUGUCUGGAAUCGAAGAAUUCGGGAAUCAAACCCGCGAUCGAGUGUUCGGUCCCGUAGAAGUGGACCCUGAGUAUCAGCUGAUUGUAGAGGCUAACAAUCUUACCGCUGAAAUUGAUAACGAGGUUAAUAUUAUUCACAAAUACGUACGGGAUCUUUACGCGAAACGUUUUCCAGAGCUGGAAUCGCUCGUUCCCAAUGCGUUAGAUUAUAUUCGUACUGUUGAACUGCUAGGGAACGAUCUCGAAGCAUCAAAAGUCGAUUUGACAGAUAUUCUCCCACCAGCUACCAAAAUGGUGGUUAGUGUUACAGCUUCAACGACACAGGGAGAAAAACUUGAAGAAGAAGAGAUCGAGCGGCUCAUGGAAGCUUGUCAAACUGUUACAGAUUUGCUGGAUGCUAAGUUUAAGAUCUUCCAGUAUGUUGAAUCCAGAAUGACUUUCAUAGCGCCCAAUCUAUCAGUUAUAGUUGGGGCAUCAACUGCAGCUAAACUCAUGGGUUCUGCUGGUGGGUUAACGAGUCUGUCAAAAAUGCCAGCGUGUAAUGUUCUUUUGCUAGGAUCCCAGAAGAAGACACUGUCUGGGUUUUCUAGUGCAGCAAUCUUGCCGCAUACUGGCCACAUUUACUUCAGUGAGUUUAUCCAGGUGUGUGGAACAUUUUUUAAACUCUAUAACUCCUCCAAUGAGUGAUCAAGUCAGAAUUUCUCCUUACAAUAUCAAUACAAUAUCAAGCAGAAAAGUGAUGAGAAUAAAGAAAAAUAUCAAAAGGGAAGUAUUUGUUGAUUUAAUACCAAAUUAUCAAAUGGUAAAUUUGUAUGGCAGAUGGUAAGGAGCAUAAUUACUAAUUUGAUCAUGGGAGAGAAAUAGUCAAGCAAAGAAUUGAAGAGUGUUGAGAGAUAAAAUUUUGAGAAAAAGUGUUGUUGACUUAUCAGAAUUAUUUGUUCACUAAGUAUUGUGAAAUGUAAGCAGAUUUUAAUGAUAACAUUAUGCACAUACUCAAUAUUAGUGAAAGCUCUUGAAAGUUGACUGUUGAAUGAGAGAGAGAGAGACAAUCAUGGUCUUGUUCCAUGUGACUAAAUAUGUAGGCACCCCUCAACAUACUUUUUCUUUGUUUUUGAACUUUUUGUUAUUUCAUUUGCCUACAUUUAGGACAUGCCUGCUGAUUUGAGAAAGAAAGCUGCUAGAGUGGUUGCAUCAAAGUGCUCUCUUGCUGCAAGGGUAGACGGCUUCCAUGAGAGCACAGAUGGAUCUGUUGGACAACAGCUCAGGGAGAAUGUUGAGGGGAAAUUUGACAAGUGGUUGGAACCACCACCUCUUAAAGAAACCAAAGCUCUUCCAAGACCAGAUGACGCACCUCGUAAGAAGAGAGGUGGUCGAAGAGUGCGGAAAAUGAAGGAAAAGUUUGCUAUUACAGAGAUGAGAAGGCAGGCUAACAGAUUAGAAUUUGGCCAGAUUGGUGAAGAUGUCUACCAGACUGAUCUGGGAUUCUCUGUUGGGACCAUGGGCAGGAAAGAGAACACUGGCCGUGUGCGGACACCUGCUGUUGAUAAGAAGACACAAAUAUCCAUCUCUAAACGUCUACAGGUAGGCAAUGUACACUUUGGAGCAGUCUGUGAAAGCAAGUUUUAUAUUACUUUCAUUUGUUCAUGAAGAGAAAUAUAAAGCCAUUUGUACCAUUUGUCACUCAUGAUAUGAUGAUGAUUAUUGCUAUGUUGCAUUUUUGAUUUGGAAACAUGUUGACCUAUUGGCAAGCCCCCUUGUCUUAAAGGCCCAUUUCCAACCUUGAUGCAAUGCGCUCCGCGAUCCAAUUUCCUGCAAUACGAAAUUCCCAUAUUACUGAAAACCUUCUAAAAUCGUCUUUAUCAAGAGCCAUCCUGGGCGUAUAGUCAACUGUUUUACGGUAAAUACAUUCGCCGUUCGUCAUUUUACAGUUUCCUUACAGUAUUUUGAAUUUUGUCCGGAAGAAUCCGAAGAAAAAGAAAAUCCGAAGAAAAUCACGCUUGGAUCUCUUCGUACUCUGUGAACAGAGUCGGCGAAAAGAACGACGUUUGAAUUUUUUCGCUUUCUAGAAGCGCUUGAGGAUUCUAAAUAAAGAUAAAAUAUUUCCAAUAGAAAUUGAUAUUUUUCAAAGAGAAAUAUGGAAAAAUAUCAGACUGCCGGACGUUUAGUUAUUCGAAGACCGCGUCCGGUAGUGUCCGGUGAAAAUUUUCUUAGUGUCACCCUUGGAUCGCUUCGCACUCUGUGUACAAGAUCAGCGAAACGUAUAACGUUGGCAUUUUUUCACUUUCUAGAAGUGCUUGAGGAUUGUAAAUGAAGGUAGAAUACUUUCCAACGAAAAAUUGGUAUAUUUGAACGAGAAAUAUGGAGUUAUUUGAGGACCGUGUCCAGCCGUGUCAUUGAAAAGUUUUUGUGUCAAGCGCUUGAAUGGCUUCGUACUCUGUAUACAGGGCUAGCGAAAAACAUCAAGCUCGAAAAUUUAGGCUGCCUGGAAGCGCUCGAGGAUUGUAAGUGAAGGUAGAACAUUUUCGUAUAAAUAAUUUUUGGAUUUUGAAGAGAAAUAUGGAAAAAUAUCGGACUGCCGGACGUUAAAUUAUUUUAAGUUUAGUCAUUUAUUGCAGGAACGUCAGCGACACUGACAGUUUGCGUUACAAUUCUUAUUUGCUACUUUGCAUGGACAACAACCUCGACCACUCUUUCGAGCGCAAGAUCUUCUCUCUUCGGGAAACUUCAACUGACCCUAGUCCUAUUUAACGAGGAUGGCAAACCUCAAUUUAAAAAAAAAUUGAUGAAUGACAACAACAACAUUUUCACCUUGUUCGUAAUGCUCACAAGGAUUUUUGUGUUCUUCUUUAGCAACAACCGAUCCAUAUCGGAAUCUACUAAAUCAAUGGAUUCAUCUGAUUCCAUACCGGAUUGAAACGUAAAGAACUGUUUUAAACAGAAUUAUUUUGACAAGUUCUUCAAAUUCAUCGAAGAAAACGCAGAAGGUAUUUUGAGACGUGACAAGGUAAAAAUAACUGACCAAUCAGAGGCGCUAUUGAAACAAAAGCAGUGGUUCAAAACAAAAACAAACAACCCCGUUGCAUCAAGGUUGGAAAUGGGCCUUUAACCCUUUACACCGUAACAUCAGUAUCUAUAUUCUUCAUACUCUUUUCUAUAUAUUUCCUUUGGUGCUGACUAAGAGAAUUUGUUUAGUAAUCACAGCUUCUUAAGUUAGCGAUCAUUUCCUUUCUUUUCAUGAUCUUAACCCUUGAACUCCCAGACCAAAUUUGUAAUUCUCUUUACUGUCAACCAUACAGUUCUUACAAUGUUAAUUCAGAGAAUUUAGGAUUGGAUCAACUAAUUAUCCCCAAAUUGAUAUAUUUCUUUAUUCACAUCUCUUAUCUGCUUGAUAGUGUACUGAUAUUGUAUGGAGAAAUUGUUUCUUGGUCACUCAUGGAAGUUAAAGGGUUAAUGAAUGAUUGAGCAGUAUUACUGUAAGGAGAAAUUACAUGCUGGUCACUCUUAGGGUUUAAUUAAAGGGUUAAAGAGGGUUCAAAGGUCCAGGAUUUAAACCCUGGCUCAGUCAGAGUAACAUGUGGUUGGCUGAGAUACUUCACUCUCAGAGAAAAGGGGUAACAUUGGACUUUUGGAAACCUUGAUGAAAUGCUUGGUGGUGGGGAAAUAGGUGUAGCACUUGCACCCUAAAAACUAUUUCUGCCUUUUUCUUUGUAUUUUGUUUUUGUUUCUACUACUUUCCACCACUCGAUUAUACUGGGUGUUAUUCAAUUAUAGUUUAUCUUGAGCCUUGGUAAGAAUAAUAAUCACUUGCCUGUUGGGGAAGUUGUAUACUUGGCCAUUAAACAAGGAAAGGAUACUCUCAGAUAACCAAUUUUUAGUCAAAACUUAAAGAAAUAUUUGUUUAAGCCAUGCUCAGAAUUGAUAUCAAUUUCUUCUUUUCUUUGAUUCAUAGCGGAGUCUUGCACAGUCUCAGAGUCUGGGUGGUCAGUCAACAGUUCGCCGAGCUGUGUCAGGAACAGCUUCCAGUGUGGCAUUCACUCCUCUCCAAGGACUAGAGAUUGUCAAUCCCCAGGCAGUGGAGAAGAAAGUAGAAGAUGCAAAUGCCAAGUAUUUCUCAAGUACUGCAGGAUUCUUCAAGGUCCAGAAAAAAUAAAAGGAUCCUUAAUCUUGUCUUGGGUGAUGGACGCUCUACUGAAAAACAAUGUUUUGUUAAUAGUGUUUGUGAACCAGUUUAUGUGAAGAACAAGCUACAAAAUGUUCUGUUGCAUUCAUUUGGGGUUAGAUGGGGUAAGCAAAAUUAGCCCCAAGCAUGGUUCUAAUCUAAAGUAUCCCUUAAUUCUUGAAGAAGAAAAUAUUAUGUUUAGUUUUUCUUUAUUUUGUGUGUUAUAUGUAAUGGUGGAAGUACAUACACAUGUACUUUGAAUGUGUCCACUAACAGAAGGAAGUAAAGUGCAAGCAAUGUCAAUAAAUGAUGCUUAGAUGCUGAACUUUCAAAACUACAUCAAUCCAUAGUUGGCAAGAUACAAGGAGCGUACCUUUUUUUCUUUAUGCAAUUCAAAGUGGAUAUUGCUUGGUUACUAACUAAAUUUCGAAUCUUUAUUUUGUGUCACUUUCCUGAUGUUAUCACCUUGCUGUUAACCAACUGCAGCAGUUGAACAGACUGUAGUGAUAACCACUCAGCUUAAAUGUGCCAUUUGUAAGUGCAAAGCAGUUUUGAAAAAUUAAAAAAAAAGAAGUAAUUGAAAUAAUAGCUGUGCCUAGAGAACUUGGUCACAUCUCUGUAAAGUCAAGCAUAAUCCUUCAUGCUGCCAAUUUCCACAAAAUUCAAGCUAGGUUAUCAUCCUGGACUAUGUAAUUUAAAGAUACUCAAGAUUUCCCAUAUUUUGUGACAUAUUUGCCUUAAACACUUGUAGAACCUUAUCCACUAUACUGUGUGCUUUUGAAAUUUUGCUACUACAUUUAAGACAUUUUUUCACAUCUCUUUGGUGAUUUACCUCAUGCAGCAUUCUUUGGGUUGCCAUUCUACAACUCCUAAGAGUGACUAGCAUCUUAUUUCUCCUUACAAUAUCACCACUGAAUCACACAUUAAUUUCAUGAGAAUAAAGGAAAUGAUC